CACGAAUAGUUUGAUUGUUCAGCUAACAUUAUAAGUGCAGAUAAAAUGUUUGUAAGUCGUGCCUAGGGAUAGUACCCAACUUUGACGCAAAUCUGUUCUAUCCCACGAAAUGAGUGCCUUAAGACAUCAUGUGGAUUCCGAAAACCAAGGAAAAUCGACCACAUCAACGCGAAGUGGAGAAAAAAAGUUUAAGAAACGAGGCGGCACAACGGAUAAGGGCAAGGAUUACGAGCAUCUGUAUAUGGCACAUUUAAUCUUAAGACUGACGCUUGAUGACGACGUCGAAAACUUUUACUUAUCUUCAAAUGACGAAGAAUUUGGGGAUUUCGAUGACGUUGUGGUUGAAAUUGUAUUUAAAGAUCGUACGGAAACAUACGCAAUACAGUUGAAACACAUCGACAAAAAAACUCCUUUAGGAAGAGCUCAGCUGACUGCAAAGACGGGAAAGAAAAAUUUUAGCAUCGAGAAAUAUUACGACACUUUUAAUAAUUGUUCAAGGCUGAAACAAGAUGUCAAGAUGAUUUUGUUUACCAACACUUCGUUGAAUAUGGACGAGGCAAAAGAGUUCGAUUUCGGUCAACUUUCAGUAAAAUUUGUACCCAGCGAAGAAAAUAAAAUACUGAAUACUUCAGGAAAAAAUUCUUGUUGUCACACACUUAAAAAUAAUCAAGACGGUUCAAGUAAAUAUGAUGCGUUUUUCGAAAAAUUCUACUUCUACACAGAUCAAGCCGAUGUUACGCAACUUGACAAUGAUCUACGUGAAAUGUUGAAGAAAAAUUUUAAGUGUGACGAAUCCAUCGUCAGCCAGUAUUUACAGUUUAUAACCCAGUGGAGUAUGAAAGCGGGUAACAAACUGAAGCUGGACAAAAGCUGGAUGACGCGUUUUAUUACAUUGUGCGUUUUGUCACCCCAUGUCAGGCCAUUGGCAUUUGAUGCCACGAGAUCUGUUAACGAAAAAGAAACGAUCUUUAGAGAGGUGGCUUCAAAAUUCGACUUCAGCAUUAUCGACGAAAGAAAUUAUGAGAAAAUUAGUCACCUUUGGUCGGACACCAUCAACGAGUUACAAGAUUUAACAGAAGCGGGGAAAAUUAAUGGCAAAUAUUUACUUUUCCUGAAGACGCUCCGAGUCAAAGAAGAUCUGUUCAGGGACGAUCCGUUAAAGGUGAAUAAGUUGCUGUGGUUGCUCGGAAAAUGUCCUUUGGUUGUACAAGAAUGUCCACAAGUUUACGGAACAUUUAAAAUUGGCUGCAAAAAUGUCAUCGUGUUGAAAGCUGCGACAAAAUCAGUCGAUGAGAACAAUAAAACUACACUUGGUCAGAAUGUGUUCCAAAAAUUGUCCGAUCUGAAAGAACAAGUGGAGUUAUACGAAAAAAUUCUGACCUCUUUCACGUAUUCUAUAGAAGGACAAAAGGAGACUGCUUUGACACAUUUACUAGAAGCGUGCGAAAAAAUCGAUUCUUUGAUCACUUCAGAUAAAGUGGUCGAGAUGUUGGAAGGUCCACUGCCAAUAGGUAACCAAAAAGAAGUUUUACCACCUAGUCACGUUGAAAGAAGUCUGACGAAGAUUUUAAUAGACUUAGAAUUUUUAAAACGUAAUUCAAAAAAAAGUGUUAUUUUUGUUAGCAGUGUCGCGAAUUUUAAAAGUUUUAAGAAUCUGCUACCCGAUAUUAAAAUAAACGAAAUAUCAAAUAUGAAUGAAAGAGAAAGUAUGAAACUGUUCGACUGUGGACAAGUUUAUAUAAGCAAGAAACACUUUUCACUAAAAGAAUGCACUGCUCUUUUCAAGAAGAAUGCAGAAGUAGAAGUUCACCAUUUCCGCUACUUUAACAAACAGUAUUUGGAGUGGAUAAGUAGUGAACAUUCACAAGGACAACGCUUCAACGAACUCAAAAAAUUUUGUUUGAACGAUGAAUUCAACGUGUAUACGUUACACCAGUCUCAACUUUUUAGCAGUGGAGAGCAAGAUGUCAACAUUUUCUGUGCUGAACCAGGUAUGGGCAAGAGCACGUUGAUGAAGAGCUUAAAAACCAACACUUCUUCUGCAAAGUGGACGAUCGUGAUCUAUGCCAGAAAUCACUUUACUCACUUUAGAGAAAAUGGAGCGGACGUUGUAAAGUUCAAGGAAUAUAUUUUUACCAACGUUAGAAAAAAGUGCUCCAACAUCGACCAACAAGUAUUCAAAGCAAUGCUGGAGCGAAAUAACAUACAAGUAAUUUGGGAUGGUCUGGACGAAGUUACAGAUGCCACUCUAGAAGCGAUUUUAACCUUGGUACAAACUUUAGCAGAAAGCGGAGUGCAGCAAUGGUUAACAGCACGGAACAACUUGAAAACUAAACUGGAAAACAGGUUAGGUAGUUUUUCGCGAAAUAUCAAACAAUUCGACGCCCAAGAACAACGAGAAUAUCUGAAAGAACGUUUGGAACUUCCGGCGGACGAUUUAACCGCGACGUUUAUUAAAAUUAAGAAAAAUCUUAUGUCUUUUCCAAAUUACAAAAUAUUGGGCAUUCCUCUGCAGAUUUAUAUGCUGACUGAAUUGUUUUCAAAAGACAAGGAAAAAUAUUUGAAUUUACUAGAUAGCGUUUUUACCGUGCUCGAUUUAUAUCGACAUUUCGUAGAUGAAAAAUUUAAAGUUUUUUAUCAAGAAAAGAAUAAAUUCGAUUUAUCUGUAGAACGCAUGUUUCAAAAAUUUGAAGACGAAAAGGAAGCUAAAAUCAACUGCUAUAAAACUGUAGCUGCUCGUUCUUACUUAGAAGAUCUCUCUGUCACAAAUAUUGACGUAGAUUUCGAAAUUCAGUUAAAAUAUUUUUUGCAGGAAAUAGAAAAUGGGGGGGAUGCUGUGGGAUUUAUAUGUCAAAUUGCAAGUAAUGGAGGUGUUGAAUUUAGUCACAACUCGUAUGGCGAAUAUUUUGCAGCUCUGUAUCUUUUUGAAACUUAUCCAUCGACGGCACGAGAUACAAAAUUCGUGUCGGACGGUCGCUACAAUAAUAUUCGAUUUUUUCUAGAUUUAAUGUUAUGCAAAAAUUCUAAAGGUUUUAUAUCCGUUGUAUAUAAAAAUCCUUUACUGUUAGAUGAAUGCACUGAACUAGAUCUGAAUGAAAAAGAUUGCAUCGGUCGUGAUAUAUUAGAGGUGACAUGCGCUCGUAGUAAAAAUUAUAGGACUACUUAUUCUAAGGCUAAAACAAUUAUAACUAGGCGUGGCAAAUUUGCCACAAGAUGGGUGGUUGCUAAAGGAGACACAGGUGACUUAGAUUAUAUACCAAUAUCAGAAGCUUUUUGUAAAAUUAGUACAUCAAUUGACAUUCGUACCAAAAAAUUACUGCUUUUCUUUCCUUUUUUAAUUUCAUAUUACGAAACACGUUACACUGAUCAAAACUAUUUAAGAAUGAUUCUAUAUUAUGCGAUCAGAUUUGAUUUUGUUGUAAUUUUUGAAUACGUUGAGCAUUAUCCUAAAUUGAAGGAAGCCUUUAAUGGCAUCAACUUCGGCAGUAUUUUAACUGUCGCAAUGUAUUACAGAUCGCAACGAAUCUUAGAAAAACUUUUCUUAAAUGAGCAAUCUUACUACAAUAUUCCUUCUGUAAGCUCUUUAAGACUUCGCCGCAAUAAAAUAGACGAAAUAUUCGUUUAUAUUUUAUUAAAUAUUGAAAUUAGAUUAGACAUUCCAAAUUCCGAAGGUCAGUUUCUAACGCACUACGCUUGUGAAAAAAACUUGCAUAAGACGCUCAAAUUGUUAAACGCGAAAAAUGUUAAAUGGGAUACUUUUGACGCAAAUGGUGGAUGUGCUAUCCAUAAUGCGUGUACGAAGAAAAAAAUGGAUGUAUUAAAAUCACUCAUCAGAAUUGGUUGUGACAUCAACGUUCCAGACGCAAAUGGUUACUUUCCAAUACAUUAUGCGUGUCAGAACUUAAAUGAAAAACAGAUUAGUUUCUUGGUAACCCAUGGUGCCGAAUUAAAUGUUCCGAGUCCAAGAGGUUGGAUGCCGCUACAUCUUAUGUGCGAGGAAGGCUGUUUUGAUAUGGCAAAACUGUUAAUGUUACACGGUGCAGAUUUGAAUGUACUGGAUGGCCAAGGGCGUUUGCCCAUUCAUUAUAUAUGCGAAAAAGGUAAUGUAGAAAUGGUAAAGCUAAUGGUAACUAAUGGGGCGAAAGUAGAUGUUCCCGACAAAAAUGGAAAAUUUCCGAUACACUAUAUGUGCAAAUUUGGCAAUGUACACAUGGUAGAGUUGUUGGUUAUGAAUGGUGCGAAGUUUGAUGUAGCAGAUGUAGACAGCCGAUUACCGAUUCAUUACGCAUGCGAAAAUUAUUCCGAUACAGUAAGACUGUUGAUAAAAGAAAAUGCAAAAACCGAUAUUCCUGAUAGAUAUAGCAAGUUACCGAUUCAUUACAUGUGUGAGCAAGGAGCAGGGGAUAUUGUCGAAUUACUAAUUAAGACUGAUAAAUCUGUGAUAAAUGUUGCAGAUGCAAAUAAUUUUCUACUUUUGCCUUAUGCCUGCGAAAAUAGAUAUUUUGAUUUAGAUUUAGAUGUUCUUGAAUUAAGUGGUUGUCCGCCACUACAUUAUGCGAUCGAUUCUGGAAAAUUAGAUCUCGUAAAUUUUUUGGUGGCGAAUGGUGCGAAGGUCGAUUUUCCUGAUGAAAAAGCUCUAUUGCUUUUGCGCAAUGCAUGUGUAAAUAAGCAUGUGGAUACAAUGAUUUUUUUGUUGGAGAAUGGUACUAAAGUGAAUGAUCAGUUACAGAUCCAUUUUGUGUGCCGAAAAGGAUAUCUUGAUGUACUGAAAGUACUGAUAGCGUAUGAUAUGAAAAUAGAUGCUCCAGAUGGAUUUGGCAUACUACCGCUGCAUUGUGCUUGUGUGGCAGGUGACGUUGACAUAGUAAAUCUACUUCUAGCUAAAGGCGCAGAAGUAAAUAUUCCGGAUUCAGAUGGUAACCUACCAAUGCAUUUUGCGUGUUUGAAUAAUGAAUUUGGUUCCCGAAUAAUAUCACUUCUACUAGAAAAAAAUGCAAGCGUCAAUGUUCCGAGUGCAAAAGGCUACCUACCGAUACACUUUGCGUCUGGAUUGGGGUCCAGGAUUAUAGAUCUCAGUUAUUACUUUAGGAUCGAGAAUAAAAUUAAUAACAAUGUACUGAGAAUGUUGGUGGAGCUAGAUGCGAGCUUGAAUACUCCAAACCCAGAUGAUCUGCUGCCUAUACAUUCUGUGUGCGAAAGUGGUGAAAUAGAUAUGGUAAAAUUACUAGUAAGCAAUGGUACGAAUGUAAAUGCUUCUGAUGCACGUGGACGGCUACCAAUUCAUUACGCGUGUGAGUCGACUGUUUGCACUGAUGAAAUACUGUCGUUUUUAAUCAAAAAAGGUGCCAGCGUGAAUGCUGCAGAUGUAGAUCGAGUGUUACCAAUACAUGUAGCUUGUGCCAAAAGUAGUCUACAUACAGUAAAAUUACUAAUAGCACACGGUGCAGAUAUAUAUGGUACUGAUAAGAAUGGACGCCUGCCCUUUAAUUACGCAUAUAAAAACAGAUUAUACCGUCCCCCGAAAACCCCACAAACGUAUCUCCCCCGCACCCCUCCCCCUUCCACUCCGGAACCCUGCUAUUAUAUCGCUGCGAAAUUUUUAAGUGGCACCGGUAAUGACGAGAAAGCGCAAUUCCAGGCCGACCGGACUAAUCCGGAUGAGGCAACCUUUCCGAUCCCUGCGGAACGGAAAAAACCCUCCGCCUAA